CAGCUGGUCGGGAAUCUUGCGGAGACAACUGCCGACUGUCAACGCACGGCUGGAAUCAAGUAAAUAGUUAUAUAAACCAAAAGCUACCAGGGGAAACAUUAACUUUACUUGAAAAUGGCUUAAUUAUCUUUGCGUUAUUUGGAACACGUUUAAAGCUCCGGCUGGAUAUAUUUGCAAUGGAUAAAACAACUCCACAAUAUGAACUUCGGUCUCCGGUAAAGGAACCAAGCAAAAUACCAACUUCUAUCUAGAACGUCUUGGGUAUUAUUUUCCGAAUAUUGUGUUCAUAUAGUAAGUAGUACGUUUAUCACUUGAUAUUAAUUUGUAGUAGCCGUAUUCUUUUGGCGCUCGAGCUUCUUGUGCCUGUUGACGAGGUGAUAUAUGUGGAUACCUGAGAAGCAGCUCGCGACCUUAAUACACGCAAACAAGACCAAGGCUAUGAAAUGUUUCUUCUAUGUGCUUUAGUCUAUUUCAUGUGCCUUUUUGACGGUUGAUUAGCCAAACGGAGUACUGAAGUUCAUAUCAUAGGCUAUUAUUAAACUGAAAAUCGUAUGAAAAUGUUAUAUAAUUUGUGUUUGAAAUUCUAACAUUGAAACGUUGUUUUAGUUAUUGCUCGAGGAUGCGAUCAAAGACUGUUGUAAUUCAGCCGGUUGUGUUAGACAGCCCUCAGCCUCAGACCUAGCCAAUAUGUAUAUUAGUGGAGUGGACGUCCUGCACAAAACGCUAUGCCAGGCUCCGUUUUAAAGGAGCACAGCCCAGCGCUCUCGGCCUAAUGACUAAUGUAUCCCUGCUCCAGCGUGGCUCUGUGACCCAGUCACACCUCUAGGAUGAGCACGGAUCUAGAGCACAUGUCGCUCAACUCCUCCUCGGCCAACUCUGUGGCCUCGAGUGACCGCACGCUGUCAGCCAACGUCAAGAAGCUGCACAACGCGCUCAACCUGCUGCUUAACGACUUGGAGCGGGAGCAGUUCAUUCACUGCCUCAACGUGUACCACUCCAAGCGUAAUGUCUACGACCUGGUUCAAACCCUCAAAGUCAUUCUCAAUGCGCCCAGCAAACGCCAACUUCUGCCCAUGCUACGGCUGGUCAUUCCCCGCUCCGACCAGCUUUUGUUUGACCAGUACACCUCGGAGGGCCUUUACUUGAAAUCGGAUUUACUUGCCAGAAAUGGGAGCGCCGAAGCGGUGGGCGAAGGUUCCAGUGCGAGUCCAACUCCCCCCGGAUCUCAGGUUGCGCUGCGCAGCUCCCCGGAUAGUUUCAGCACCUGCAGUGAUGGGACAGCUCCCCUCGUACCGCUGCUCGGGAGAAGCUUCCUGCACGAGCCUCCAGGAGAGGUCCGACAGGUGACCCUGAAACGGCACAAGAGCAACGAGGGCUUGGGUUUCAGUAUCCGCGGCGGCUCAGAGCACGGGGUCGGAAUCUAUGUGUCUCUGGUGGAGCCAGGAUCCCUGGCCGAGAAAGAGGGACUGAGGAUUGGCGAUCAGAUUAUGAAAGUCAACAGCACAGUGUUCGAUAAAGUCACGCACGCUGAAGCGGUGAAGGUGUUGAAGGGCAGUAAGAAGCUGUCCCUGUCGGUGCAGUCGGUGGGGCGUAUCCCAGGGGGUUAUGUCACUAACCAUGUGUACACCUGGGUGGACCCUCAGGGUCACAGUGUCCCCCCUCCCCCUGACCUCCCAGAGCACCGCAGUGCCACCCUGAGACACACCGACAGCCAACGACGCAGCACCAUGCAGAUACUGCAGGAGGGAGAUGAGAAGAAGGUGAACCUGGUAUUGGACGAUGGCCGUUCACUAGGUCUGAUGAUCCGGGGUGGGGCAGAGUAUGCCUUGGGGAUCUACAUCACCGGAGUGGACCGGGGUUCUGCCGCAGAGUGUGGUGGACUUAAGGUGGGCGACCAGAUCCUGGAGGUGAACGGGUGCAGCUUCCUGGGUAUCCCCCACGACGAGGCGGUGCGCGUGCUCAAGUCAUCGCGCCACCUGAUAAUGACUGUGAAGGACGUGGGGCGCUUGCCACAUGCCAGGACAGUAGUGGGGGAGACCAAGUGGAUUGCCAGCUCCCAAAUCGCUGAGAGCUCUGCCAGCGGCAGUGUGGCUGGCUUGUCCAUGGACCAAGGAGCAUCAGGAAGGAUGGUGUUCUAUAAGGGUAUGGCUGGCUCCCAGGUGACCCUGUCCAGCCCGGUGAACCAGAGCAGAGCCAUGCUGGAGGAACAGGCCCGCCACCUGCUGACAGAGACAGAGAGGCAGACCAUGGGCUACUACGUGGAGGAAUAUCGAGACGGACACAUAGGGGCGGAGCAGCUGGUCUUGGCCCUAUUUGAACUGCUCAACACACAUGCCAAGUUCGCCCUGCUAUCAGAGGUACGUGGCCUGGUAACUCCCCAGGAUCUGGAGCGUUUCGAUGGGAUGGUGCUGCGCCACAAGAUCCAGGCUUUGGAGGCUCGGCAGGGGAGUGCCUGUGCGGCCGCUCUCCACUCUGACUCCAUCUCUAUGGUCUCCUACCCAGAUACCCUGGCCUCCUCGUCAACAAGCUACAUGACCUCCACCACCCUCAGUUCUGCACGGAAUAACAGUAUGGUGGACAGUAAUGGGGAGGAGUCUCAAGAGAGUCUGGAUGUACUGCCUGACGUCUCUCUGGAUGAGGUGCAUUCCACAUCCGAAUCUCCCCCCACCUUCAACCCCCCACCCCCCCCAGGGCUGCAGAGGCAUCCCAGCAGACGAGACCAGGUCAAAAAACGCCCUUCCUCCGAAUCCUCUUAUUCUGGACUCUACUUCACCGCCCCUGCCCAUAACCCACCCAAGGACCAGAGGGGGAACCAAGGGUCCCCCUCCUCACCCAAGGUCCCCCUACAAAAUGAUUUCUCCGUCCCCCAUAAGAGGGACCCCUCCGUCCCCCAUAAGAGGGACCCCUCUGUCCCCCAUAAGAGGGACCCCUCCGUCCCCCAUAAGAGGGACCCCUCUGUCCCCCAUAAGAAGGAGAUGGCAACUUCCAAGUUUUCCAUGGUCAACAAGCACGCCAUAGGCCCCUUCCCUAGAGUCCAGUCAUCUAUUAAGACCACCAAACCUGCCACCCCCUCCCCAUAUCUACCCCCUCCCCCUCCACUCCCUGCACCAUCCACACCCCCUCUCCUUCCACACAGCCAGGACAAGGCCUCCCCUGGCUCCAACAAACAGCACUUUGUCAUGGUGGAGGUCCACAGGCCCAAUGCAGAGUCUGACGUCAGCGAGGUGCGGUCCCUGCCCCAGUCACGAGGUGCCACCCUGUCCCAGCUGUCAGACAGUGGACAGACACUGAGUGAGGACAGCGGGGUGGACAUUAGCGAGUCGGGGCGACUCAGCAGGGAAAGCAGUCCCCACACACGCCCCCCACGAGACCCCAAGGGGGCACGUGGGGACAGCACCACCAAACCGCCGGGUCUCUUGGAGCGUAGCUCCACACUGGUGAGGGUGGCAAAGAGUGCCAGCACCCUGGGCAUCGCCAUCGAAGGAGGUGCCAACACUCGCCAGCCCCUGCCACGCAUCGUCACCAUACAGAGGGGCGGUUCGGCACACAACUGCGGGCAGCUGCAGGUGGGUCAGGUAAUCCUGGAGGUAAACGGGGUUUCCCUGAGGGGCCGGGAGCACAGGGACGCAGCGCGCCUCAUCGCUGAGGCUUUCAAGACCAAAGAGAGAGAACACGUGGACUUCCUGGUCACAGAGUUCAACGUGGCACUGUAGGAGGAAGUAAAGGAAGAAGAGAAGGAGAGAGAGACUCUUAUCAUGGAGGAAGGAGGGAGGAGGGACAGGGGCUACAGAGCUGGAGAGGAUAGGGGGUGGCUGUGGGGGCAAAGCGGCAUAGUCCUACACACUGUUCUGUACAUUGGUUCAUCUACCAACCUUUAUCUGGUCACUUGGCCUCACCAUCCUCAACAUCCUCCAGCUUUAGCCCCAAAACUAGACACGGACACAGUUGCACUCUAAGUUGAGAAGUUGCCAUGAUUUCUGAUUUUCAUGGACUUUCACCAUCCUUGUGACCUUGGUUUUUAGGAUACUCCCUGCAGCAGUAAUUUCUCUGGACACCUUAUUGUAUGUGUUUAUGGCAAUCUCAUGUACUGUCACUCUAUCUGUGUUGGCUAGUGGCAUCAUCCUGUGGAUCUCAAAUGGACAAUUGGACAAUGACGCCAUCAGCACUAGAGCUCUGGCAGAAGAUAUGCUCCUGAAGCGGUCAGUUAGUGAUCAGUUAGCGGUCAGUGUCUGAGAGACUAACAGCACACGCAAGAGACACAGGCUGUGUCGCAAAUAGCACCCUAUUCCAAUAUAGCUCACUACCUUUGACCAGAACCCCCCUAUGUGCCCUGGUAAAUAGUAGUGCACUAAAUAGGGAAUAAGGUGGGACGCAAGCCAGCCUUCCAUCCAGCAGAUGGAAGAGGCAGGAGGAAACACCAUUUUCCAAUGAGUUUGUUUUUGUAAAUGUACAAAUGUAGAUACUAUACGAUAUAUACAUAAAGAUAAUCUAUGAAUUAUAGAAACCUACUAUCUUACAUGCUUAAAAAGUAGAAUUCUUCAAAGUGUACUGUUAAGUCCCUUUUCUGCAAAUGUGUCCCCAAGUGAAGAGUAAUGGAGAUGAUUGUGUUUUAAUUGCCCUCUCUGGCAGUGCUAGUCAGCCGUACUAUUUGUGUUUACACAAGGGGCUUGCAGGGGCCUGCGUCACAUAGUAAUUACUAAGAGGUAGUAAUGAGGCAUUUGGGAAAGGAAACUGCUGCAGAAGCUCUCUCCGAUACACACUCCCAGAACACAUGUGGCCCAGCACAUACACACACAGGCAUGCCAUCUUACCACACAAACACACAAGCACACAAACAGGCAGAAGUCACGGUGGAUUGAUGGAGAGCUGAUGCUAAGAACUUGAAGAAGCACUUUAUCCAAUAA